GUCCAAGUGUUUGAAUUUGGAGACGUCGGUUUACUCAGUUGGGCGAGACAUCAAGACCUCAAUGAUGUCAGAAGAAAGCAGCCAGCUUCCCUCGGAGCCCAUCACUGCAAUGGGAGUCAUAACUUCACCCAGCAAAGCCCCAGAUGGCUACUAUGUUGUUGCACAAACAACAGAUGGUGGUGACGCCGACCUGUGGAAGGACGGCUUAUUCAAAUCCAAGGUCACCCGUUACCUGUGUUUCUCCAAAGAAAUAAGGCCAGAAGUUGUUGUGGAUAUAAAGCUAAUUGACAGCAAGGAUCCAUUACCGGAGUUCUUCACGGCUAUGCCAGAAACAAUUGACACAAAGGAAGCUGCCAUGAGGAAGAGGAGGUUGUGUGUGAAAAUGAUGCCUCGUGAGGCUGCGGAAAGGGCUAUAUAUGACAUACAAAUCACCGCCAAAUCUAAGUACCAGGUGGUGAACUACACCUGUAUAGGUGAAGUAAACAAUAUGGGAAUAUGGUGCAAGGUGGGAGAUGUCGCUCGUAAAUUACCUCAGCAGGCAACCAUCCAUCUUCAAUUUGAUGCGCAGAUCAGCUCACCAAAGCGGAUCGUGAGCAGUCCACUCUACACACAAAUGGGUGGAGGGAUCUACACUAUGACAGCUCUGGACGACGUGCCGUUUACGGUCUCUGAGAAGUUUGGUGGAAAAAACAAAAAGAUGCAGCAAGUCAAUUUAAUGGGCAUUACGAUCAAAUCCCUGGCAGAGAUCGAGGAGGAAUUUUACUACAACUUUGGCACAGAGAGAAGCAUCGUUCUGUAAACUCCUGCAGUCUGCAGCAGUACAAAAAAGUAACAGUAAUGAUGUGUAAAAGACAGAAUUCUUUGAAAGAAUCAAAACUCUGGAAAUGACUGUCAUAAUUUAUUGUUUUAGUUCAAAUUUUCGGUUUUACUUGUAUCACAAAAAGUACAUUUUUCGUUUUCAAUAAAAUAAUAAAUACAUUUGCUUAUAUCUGCAGUGAUAUACAUCUUAUGUACAUUUUCUACAAAUGGAUGACUAGAAGCUAUGAGUUCAUACAAAGUUACUCAAAGUUAAGUAGAAUCAUUUGUUUGCUGAAGUGCAUCAGCAGUGCUGACAGAGAUGCAGUCAGGUAAGAUAAAAGGAAAGAUCAGAACUUCGUCACUCCAACUGAUUCCCCUGGUAUCUCAAGAACAAACGUCUUUCCAUCAGGAAGUUCCUCAUGAGCAGCGUGCAGCAAGAAUGGACAGAGCUCUGAGAGACGACUUUGUUUGUUUUGUUUCUUUUUUCCCAAGGCAUCCGCCCAGGUCAGCAGGAACCCCUCCACCCAGUCGCAUGUGUUUUUAUUUCAAAAAUGACAUUUACUUAUUUAUAAUCUAUAUUGUAACUGGAAAAGACUGUUGGGAAAAGGUUUUCAUUUGAAUAAAGAGUAAAUUUGGUCUGACAUUUACACUUUUUCUCUCAAACUUAACACUUUAACAAGAGAGAGUUUAUUAUAUUUUUUACAUUAAAAAAUCUAUGUCAUAAUGAAUGAUUGUGAGUUGGUUAUUCUGAGAAUCUGCUUUGCAUGUUAAAAUACACAAAUACAUUUGUUCCCCUUCUGUAAA